CGCUUGCUUGCUUUAGGAAGCCACUCCCUGCCUUUGGCGCAGCCCAUUCCGAUAUGGCUUUUAUGGGCUGCAGUCAGUGGCGGAUUUAGUGGGGGGCGAUUAGGGCGAAUGCCCCCCCUACACAUACCAGCUCCGGGAUGGACAGCCAGGUCCCGCCGCGGCGAUCAUCUGCGCAGCCGCAGCCAGGCAGCACAUUCGGCCGGCGGCCGUAGCCAGCACUAUGGAAAGCAUGGCUUCGGCUAGCCAGCUACCGGAGGUUCCCAUGAUGCCACUAAGUGCCUUCUCCGGCACCCGCUCCCUGAGCCCUGCCGCUAUAUCGCGCAGCCUGUCCCGCCUCUGGGAGUACCGCACCCACUCCCGGCCGGAUCAUGCUGUCCCUCGGAGUCUCCCAAAUGGUGCUCGGAUCGGAUGUCUGAUCGUGGCUGUCAGCUUCGCCGCCCUGGCUCUAACCACCUCUGCCAGGGUCAGACACUCAUGCCCCUUCUGGGCAGGCUUAAGUUCUCGAUCUGCUCUGUCACUGCGUCACAGGAUUCCAGACUUUAUACGGAAGGUCACGCCCCCCAGGAUGCGCUCACCAUCGCCAUUUAUCCUGACACUUGGGAUCCUCCUCAGUAUCUACCAUCUGUCCACAUGUCAGAACUGGGGGGCCUUUCAGAGAAAACACAUUAUUAAUACAAUGCACAUCAACUGUAAUGCUGUCAUGCCUUCUUUCAUUAGGGGACGACUAUGCAAAAGGGUUAACACUUUCAUCUAUACACUUGCUCCCGCCACCAUUAGGAGAAUGUGCACUGGUCGUGGCCAUGUGAAUAUAACAACUAGCACAGCCUUCCCGCUCUUCACAUGCAAUAUAACUUCUUCCCGUACUCCACCUUGUACAUAUAGUUUGCAGCAACAAACUAAUGUGGUGUGUAUAACAUGCGAGAGGAAUGACCCUGUGCACUUGGAGAAAGAAGGUAGAUGCUGAAAUCUGUCUUCUAAAUGCAUCGUUUUUUAGUUUCCUGCAACAUUGUAGAGCAAAGGAGGAAAGGUCUCCAUCUUCUGUAUACCUCACAGUAACCGGCGGGCCGUCCUCUGCACAAUGCAUAGCAAUCAACCCUCCUUUAUAUAGCACAUUCUCCGCUCCAUAACAUAUAACAAAAGGCAAGCCCUCUUCUGUAUAUGAUGCAGAAGUUGUGAUGUCACUGCUGCAAAUACAUGACAGAAUGCUUCAUGUAACCAGUUGUAUAACGAGCAUUGCUUAUCUAGCUUAUUCUACCAAUAAUAAAUAUUCAGACUGAUGA